UUAAGCUUUUGCUCCACAGCUUUCCCUCCAUUUUAAAUUAGGGCUUCUAACGUUUGUCAAUCACUUCGAGCUUUCGAGUUGCAGCCAUGGCUACGGAACCGGACAUGAGUAGCUGGACCGAUCUCCUCCACUCAUCCACCAAGCUUCUCGAACAAGCUGCUACAUCUGCUCAGUUCCCUCCUUUGCAGAGAAACUUGGACCAAUUGGAAGUGUUGUCGAAGAAGCUCAAGGCGAAAACCCUAAGGACUGAAGCUCCUACCCAAUCCAUUGCCGCCACCAGGUUGCUGGCACGCGAAGGAAUCAAUGCUGAGCAGCUUGCACGGGAUCUCAAGUCUUUUGAGUUAAAGACAACAUUUGAAGAUGUGUUUCCUGCUGAGGCAACAAGUGUCGAAGAAUAUCUGCAGCAGGUUCAUGAGAUGGCUAUGGUUUCAGCUAUCCAAGAAGCACAGAAGGAUAACCUUAGGAGUUUCAAUGAUUACAUGUUGCAAGUUUUGGAGGAUGAUUGGCAAAAGGAAAAGCGGGAUUUCCUGCAAAGCUUGAGCCGGCUCUCAACAUUACCGAGGACCAGCAGUAGUGCAUUAAGUACUGUGGUCACCCGUCCUGGCCAGAUGAUGUCCAUUGGUUCUAGUCCUCAGGUUUCCACUGGUCCAUCAAGUAUGGAGAUUUUGCCUCUAGCUAAGAAGCCUGUCCUUGAGAAAAAGGCUUCAGUCUAUGCCGAGGUUGUGAGGAAUCUCAAUAAUGCCAGAGAGCGUGGCUUGCCAUUUAAACCUGCUACAGCUUUCAGGGGUGCUUAUGAAAGUCUCGGGCUAGAUGCUUCUGGUGGGAAAUCAGUUAGCAUGCAGAAGAUAUGGCACCUGAUUCAGUCCUUGAUGGGUGAGGAUUCAGCUAUUCAGCAAAAGGUUUCAAGAAAAAUGUCAUUAGUAAUUGGUGCAAGACGACACUUGGAAUGGGGGCAUGAGAAGUAUAUCAUGGACACGAUCCAAAGUCACCCUGCACAGGCUGCUCUUGGUGGUGGUGUUGGAAACUUGCAACGAAUUCGUGCUUUUCUCAGGGUACGUUUGAGGGAUUAUGGAGUUCUAGAUUUUGAUUCCAGUGAAGCUCGUAGGCAGCCUCCAGUUGAUACAACUUGGCAGCAGAUCUAUUUUUGCUUGCGAACUGGCUAUUAUGAUGAAGCAAGAAAUAUUGCUCUAACUUCUCGUGCUUCUCACCAGUUUGCUCCUCAGCUUGCAGAAUGGAUUACAACUGGAGGUAUGGUGUCAGCUGAGACCGCAGCUGCUGCUUCAGAAGAAUGUGAUAGAAUGUUGAGAAUGGGAGAUCGGGCAGGUCGAGCUGGGUAUGAUAAGAAGAAGUUGCUACUUUAUGCUAUUGUUUCUGGUUGUCGCAGACAUAUUGACAGGUUGCUUAGAGACAUGCCGAUGCUUUUCCAUACAAUAGAAGAUUUUUUGUGGUUCAAAUUGUCAGCUGUACGAGAUUGUCCUAGUGUGGCUUCUUCUGUUGUCCUGAAUGAAGGCUUUGUACCCUAUACUUUAGAAGAUCUGCAGUUAUACCUAAAUAAAUUUGAGCCCUCACAUUACACAAAGAAUGGAAAGGAUCCUUUAGUCUAUCCGUAUGUGUUACUUUUGAGCAUCCAGUUGCUACCAGCAAUCCUAUACUUAUCCAAGGAAACAGGAGAUGAAGGAUUCAACAUUGAUGCUGUCCACAUUUCUAUUGUGCUAGCAGACCAUGGGGUCCUUUCUGAAAGUGUUGGGCCUGGCCAGAAGCUGGGGGUAAUGGAUGCUUUUGCAGAAGCAGCUAGCAUUAUUAGGCAGUAUGGAUCUGCGUACUUGCGUCUGGGAAAUCUUUCAGUAACAUUGGAAUAUUAUGCACAAGCGGCUGCAGCAGUGGGUGGUGGACAGUUAUCAUGGAUUGGUCGAGGCAACAUUGAUCAACAAAGGCAAAGAUGUUUAAUGCUAAAACAACUCCUUACUGAACUAUUGUUACGGGAUGGUGGGAUUUACCUUCUACUCGGUUCAAGAGGUUUUGGGGAAGAAGGUGAGCUGAGAAGAUUCUUGACUGAUAGGAAAGCACAACAACAAUUUCUGCUUGAAGUUGCUCGCCAGUGUCAGGAAGCUGGGCUUUAUGACAAAUCAAUAGAAAUUCAAAAGAGAGUUGGGGCAUUUUCAAUGGCGUUGGAGACAAUAAAUAGAUGCCUCUCAGAAGCAAUCUAUGCUCUAUCACGUGGUAGAUUGGAUGGUCACAGCCGGACUGCUGGUCUUAUUCACUCUGGCAAUGAGAUACUUGAGAUGUACAAAUAUUCUUCAGAGAUCAGUCUUCAAGAUAGGGAGCAUGUUUCGGAGCAACAAAUGGUGUUAAGACAACUUGAGGCAAUCUUGUUCAUCCACAAGCUGGCUAGGGAAGGCAAUCAUUUAGAUGCUCUUAGGGAGGUUACCAAGCUCUCCUUCCUACCCUUAGAUCCACGGGCACCAGAUGUCACAGCUGAUGUGUUCCAGAAUUUAUCUCCUCAUAUCCAAACUUGUGUGCCAGAUCUCUUAAAGGUUGCUCUUAGUUGUUUGGACAAUGUGACAGAUACUGAUGGAUCACUUCAUGCCUUGAGGACUAAGAUAGCAAAUUUUGUGGCGAACAAUUUGACGAGGAAUUGGCCUCGUGAUUUGUAUGAAAAGGUUGCCCGGAUCGUCUGAAGCAAGCUUGCAUUGGUAGUCUGAGGAACUCCACUGUGCAGCCUAAUAUGGAGCUGUUAACCUCAAAUCAAAUAUGGUUAUUGGUAUACAUGCAAAGAUGCUGUAGAAAAAUAGUCAAAAGGAUGCUAGUGCGCCCCUCGACAUUUUGUUGGUGAGGAACCAAAAAUUUCUAUUGCAUCGCCCCCCCCCCCCUCUCUCUCUCUCUCUCUCUCUCUCUCUACCCCCGUGACAUAGGAGAUUGCUGUAAGCAGUGGCUGCAGUUGAUUAAGGAGAUAGAUGUCAGCUUUCAGUGUCUUCAAAGUUUAAGAUCAAUCAGUCACUAGUCC